AUGGCGGAAAAGGAAAUGCCAGCAAAAGUGGCGGCCAUGAAAUCGCGAAAGCGACAAAGAUCGGAGGCGAACGGGAAGGAGGAAUACACUGGGCCACGCAAAGCACCGAAACGCAAGGUAGACAUCAACUCGCUAUCAUGGAACGAGGUCUCAUUACCGGAUCGCAUGGAGGACUUUGAGGGCUUCUUUGGACUCGAGGAAAUCGACGAUGUGGACGUCAUUCGGGAUGAAUCUGGUACCAUUGCUUUCCACUCGAAAUCUGCGGCCAGUCGAAACGACGAGGAGCACGGCGUGGCGGCUGGUGAGGACGAAACUUCUUGGUCUGGAUUCGAAGACGAUUUUGCAGACGUUGCGCCCUCAGCGAAGCCGGUCAAGGCAGCACAGACGAAGAAGGAAUCCAAGUCGAAGACCAAGUCGAAGCCUGCAGACAAUGCUACCACUGAGACCUCGGCCAAUGGCGUUUUUCAGAGCCUCACCGAAGACGCCGAGGACGAUGUAGAAUCUGUGGACGUGUCGGCAUGGCGGAGUCUCAAGUUGUCGCCUGACACGAUGGCAUCUUUGUCGAAGCUGAAAUUCUCAAAGCCUACGCCAAUUCAGUCAGCUGUGAUCCCACACGUCCUUGAUGGACACGAUGUAGUUGGGAAAGCAUCGACUGGAUCUGGAAAGACGCUCGCGUUCGGCGUUCCAAUUCUCGAGCGAUAUCUCGAGCGGGCGUCGAGAAAGGCAGCAAAGGACGAGAGCAAGGCACCUCUUGCACUGAUACUAUCACCUACUCGAGAAUUGGCCCAUCAACUGGAUCAUCACCUUACAGCACUGUUCUCUGAAGUCCUCUCAUCCAAGCCUAUGAUCGCCACUCUGACUGGGGGUCUUUCGCUGCUGAAACAGCAACGACUACUGCGAGAUGCUGAUGUUGUGAUCGCUACCCCUGGUCGUUUAUGGGAGAUCAUCAGCUCCGGGCAAGGUAUUGGCGCAGCGCUGAAGCAGAUCGACUUUCUUGUUGUCGAUGAGGCCGACCGCCUACUCAGCCAGGGCAAUUUCAAAGAAGUCGAGGACAUCCUCAACACACUGGACCGCAUCGAUACAGAUGAGCACCAAGAAGAGACGAAGUCCGCUGGUCCAAAUUUACAGUCGCGACAGACACUAGUGUUCUCAGCAACCUUCGAUCGUGGCUUACAGAACAAACUCGUUGGCAACUUCAAGUACAAGGACGAUUUGCUGGGCACAAAGGCGACACUGGAGUACUUACUGAAGAAGCUGAACUUCCGGGAAGAAACUCCCAAGUUCAUCGACAUGAACCCCACCAAGCAGAUGGCGACGGGCCUAAAGGAAGGCAUGGUGGAGUGCGGCGGCACCGAGAAGGAUCUUUACCUCUAUGCACUACUACUGCUGAAGCAAGCGAAAAGAGCGAUCGUCUUUGCUAACAGUAUUGACGCCGUACGUCGCAUCACACCACUCCUGCAGCAUCUGAAGCUCAACGCACUGCCACUGCACUCCGGCAUGAUCCAGAAAGCCCGUCUACGAUCAGUCGAACGCUUCAAAGAUCCCAGCAACACCUCUCCAGUGGUCAUGAUCGCGACAGACGUAGCGGCUCGUGGACUCGACAUCCCGAACGUGGACCUGGUCGUGCACUACCACGUUCCGAAAGCUGCUGAUACCUAUGUGCACCGCUCUGGUCGAACGGCCCGAGCCGGUCAAGAGGGAGCUUCAAUCCUGAUCUGUGGACCCGAAGAAGUUGCUGCGGUCCGAAGACUGGUAGCCAAAGUCCACGCCAAGUCGCACAUCAGGAAGCAGGAGGAGACAUCAGAUGCAGCUAAGCAAGGAUACUAUAUCAGAACUCUCGACAUCGACCGCAGAGUCGUCUCGCGUCUGAAGGAGCGAGUGACACUGGCGAAGAAACUAGCCGACACCACAAUCGCCAAGGAGAAACAUCACAAAGAAGACGAAGCCAUGCGUGCCGCAGCGGAGGAUCUGGGAGUCGACUACGACAGCGAAGAGUUCGAGAAGCAAGCCCCUGGGAAACAUGGUCGAGGCGCAGGUCGCCUGAAGAAGCAACGACAACUCCGUGAACUGAGCAAGGCGGAGAUCGCGCAGACCAAGGCUGAACUGAAGCAACUGCUCAGUCAACGUGUCAAUGUGGGUGUGAGUGAGAAGUAUUUGACAGCAGGAAGGGUGGACAUUGACGAGCUUCUUCGCCAACAAGACGCCGCAGCGGGAAAGACUGGAGACUUCCUCGGCACUGUGAGCAAUCUUGGCUUGGAAGAUCUUUGA